AUGGCAAAUUUCUCGCUUGAAGCGCUUGAUGAGAGAAUCAAGAAGUUAGAAGAGCUGCAUGAAAUUCAAGAAAGUAAUGACAACAGUAUCAAUCAGUUUUUUCUUAUCGUCAUGGGUGUUUUGGUGAUGUUUAUGCAGUCUGGAUUCGCGUUUUUGGAAGCUGGAUCGGUUCGACAAAAGAAUGUGGUCAACAUUUUGAUUAAAAAUAUCCUUGAUUGCUUGAAGGGAGCGAUCAUCUGGUGGGCCUGUGGAUUUGCUUUUGCAUAUGGAGAUCUAGACAUCCCCAGCGCUGCGAACAAGUUUAUCGGACACAAGUAUUUCUUCACUCAAGGAUGGGAAGACUUUGAAAACUUCCACGCGAACUGGUUCUUCCAGUAUGUUUUUGCCGCCACUGCUGCGACGAUUGUUUCUGGCGCCGUUGCCGAGAGAACUCAGUUCGGCUCUUACGUCAUCUACUCCACCUUCAUCACCGGCUUCGUCUACCCCGUCGUCGCUCACUGGGCCUGGUCGGGCACAGGUUGGCUAACUUCCAGCCCCAUCCCUUCUUUCCGUCGAAAGGUUUUCGACUGCGAAUCAUUGAGCUACAAGUUCGACGAUGAUGACGUCAUCGCUUUUGCGGACUUCGCCGGCUCUGCGGUCGUUCAUUGCACUGGUGGAAUCGCUGCUCUAAUGGGCGCGUUUUUUCUUGGACCAAGAGUUGGAAAAUACGAGCGAGUCGGGGGAAAACGAGUUUCAAAGCAACUUGCGGGGCAUUCGGUUCCUUUGGCUGCUCUUGGAGGAUUCAUUCUUUUCGUCGGCUUCAUGGCUUUCAAUGGAGGAUCGGCGCUGGCGAUCGUCUCAAGUGGAGAAAUUGUCGACAAUGGGCAGGCAGUUGCGUCGGCAAUUAUGAACACGCUUGUUGGUGGCGCUUCUGGCGCGGUUUUUUGCUUAGGAUUGAGCAUUCUUGUUCCUGUCAUCAAAGGCGAGGAUCAUUACUGGUCUCUCCUGACAACAAUCAACGGCGGUCUUGGCGGUAUGGCCUCCCUCUGUGCUGGUUGUAAUGACAUGACAACUGGAGCCGCUUUCGGAAUCGGUGGAAUCGCUGGAAUGACCGUUUACUGGGUCGGCAAUGCUUUGGACCGAAUCGGAAUCGACGAUCCUAUCGAUGCUUUUGCUGUUCACUUUGGCGGGGGAGUUUGUGGAAUUCUCCUCGCGCCGCUUUUUGCUAAUUUUGGAAUUGCAAGACAACCGAGUUGUGGGGUCCAGAAAGAUGCUUUUGGAGAAGUUUGGGCUGCUUGCAAUGUUGCUGAGCCGGUCGACAUGGAGCUGUUUGAGUGCGAUUACUAUGCGUACAAACAAUUUGCAUGGAAUCUUAUUGGCUUGAUCGUGAUCACUCUUUGGUCGGGCUCCCUUGUUGGCGGCGUUUUUGCCGUUUUGAAAGCAACCAAGCUUUUGAGAGUUGAGGAAGAAAUCGAAAUCCGCGGCCUUGAUAUCAAGAAACACGGAGAGCCGGGUUACCCUCUCGCUGCACAGGGCCAUGGUUGGGAAGAAAGAAGCAGUUCUGAGGAAAAAACGAAAACUUAUCAGAAAAAUACUGUCAUCCCCGAACCAACUCAUGUUCAACUGGAGCCGGCUCGGUUUGGGCCAGAUAACUAG